ACAGUACAUUGAGGCACAUUACCGACCGUCUUCAACAGCGACACAAAACCUACAUACCAUAGAACCACCAUGAAUGGGGGCGACAUGAAAACGCCCUUGUUGGCUGGUUCUGAUGCUGAUGCUGAUGCUGAUGCCGAUGCUGAUGCCACAGAGUCCUUGCCCCAGCGCCUUGGAAACCCUGUGAUUGGUAUCAUUGGUUCAGGAGACUUCUCUCGCUCCCUUGCGAUCCGGCUGGUGGCCUCUGGUUUCAGUGUGGUGGUUGGCAGCCGCAACCCAAAACGUAUCCCCAAGGGGCUGUUUCCUGAUGGCGUGGAGCUGCGAUCCCAGAGAGAGGCAGUGGAUAGUGCAGAGAGAGUGAUCUUUGCUGCUAUCUACCCAGAGCACUAUUCCACCCUGGUGGGGUUGAGAGAUGGGUUGGCUGGGAAGGUACUGGUGGAUGUAAGCAACGCCACCAGGCUGGAUGAUGGAGAGCUGUCCAAUGCUGAGCAACUGGCAGAGCUUUUCCCUCAGAGCAGGGUGGUGAAGGGGUUCAACGUCAUCUCCGCAUGGGCACUGCAGACUGGAGCACAUGAUGGCAGCAGGCAGGUCCUGAUCUGCAGUGACUGCUCUGAUUCAAAAGCCACGGUGGUCCAGUUGACCCGUCGCCUGGGCUUCAGCCCUGUUGACCUGGGGGGUCUGGUUGCCUCCAGGGAUAUCGAGAAAGCCCCCCUCCACCUCUUCCCCUCAUGGGAAGGUGCCACCCUGGUCACAUUUCUCCUCUUCCUCUUCUUCUACGGCUACAACGUCGUGAAGCAUGUGCUGCUGCCCUACCUUGCACAUGGAGAACACAACUUCUACCAACUCCCGCUGGAGACAGUGAAUCAGACACUACCAGCAGUUGCCCUAAUCUUACUGGGGCUAGUUUAUCUACCAGGUCUGGUGGCUGCCGUCCUCCAGCUGGCCAGAGGAACCAAGUAUAAGAGAUUCCCCAGUUGGUUGGACCGCUGGAUGUGCAGACGUAAGGAGCUUGGACUGAUGAGCUUCCUCUGUGCUGGAGUCCAUGCUGUCUACAGUAUGUGCCUGACACUACGGCGGGCUGCUGGAUACAGGCUGCUGAAUGCAGCCUACCGACAGGUGAAAGCCGGUGUUGAGAACUCCUGGGAGGAGCAGCAGGUGUGGCGGUCUGAUCUCUACCUGUCCUGUGGAAUUCUGGGACUUGGAGUCCUCACUCUACUGGCUCUCACCUCUCUGCCUUCUGUGGGAAAUGCCCUCAACUGGAGGGAGUUCACGUUUAUGCAGUCAGGACUUGGUUACGCUGCCUUAACUCUCUCCAUCAUGCACACUCUUUUCUUCGGCUGGGACUUUGCCUUCUUCCCUGAGGCCUACCGUUAUUACCUACCACCAGUGUACCUUCUGGCCCUGAUCCUGCCCUGUGUAGUCCUGGUUGGCCGUGUCCUCCUGGCGCUGCCCUGCCUGGCGUUAAGACUGGCGAAGAUCCGCAGAGGCUGGGAGAGUUCGCGUCACCGCCCCUCCCACAGUCAAGGGCAAGAAAUAACAAGCGGACGGGUCUCUCCUCAGAACUUUGGUGACGUCUGAGGACCUUCGUGUUAAUCUUUACAUGAAAAGAGUGAAAGGGACGGUAAAUAUGUGGCACUGACUUUGGUUAAAGCUGCACUAGACAACUUUGCACUUUGGCGGCCCCAAGUGGCAGCAAAAUAUAUUUUAAGUUUGAAGGAUUUUAUUACCCAGAAAUAACAUAAUGUCAGCUUUUUAAGCUGCACUUUCACAAAGGGAAAAGGCUGUAGUUGCACCGAAGAAAUGGAGACAAAAGAUAUUAAAGAUUUGUUUUCACUUCCUGACUAAAUGGCUCAUAAUAACAUCUUUUAAGAUGUGUUUAUUGGAACCAGUAUGAAGGUGUUCAGUAUCCAUCAACUGACCAGAAAAAUGGGAAAAUUAAAUUUUGACUCAGAUUUAAGUUACUGCCUUCUUCCUGUUUUAUGCAGUGCACACCCCUUAGGACGUUUGGUGGGGCUGGAAGUAGUGAAAGAAACUUCUGGUAUAAACUUUACCAAUAUUUAGAGCACUCAUAUAUCGCUUGUUUGAAGAAAGUUUUCACGCUGAAUUCAUAGAUAUUGAUUCUCUGCCUCCUGUGGCUGUUGGUUUCCCAAGUGACCAUAGCAGACUCUCUUCUCUGUUUCAGCCCCACUUUGUGUUUGAGAAUAAUAUGAGAUAGGUGUAUUUUUUUUAAUUAGGUCUUGACUAGUGCAGCUUUAAAUACAAUUUGCAAAUACUUUUGAUUUGUCUUAGCUUAUUUAAUGUGCGAGAUGGGUGUGCAUUUCUAAAUGAGUUCCAGAAAGUGUGGACAAUCACAUCACAGAAAAGUAUGUAAAAAUCAGUUUAGUGUCAUAUGAUGUGAAAGUCCUGUUACCUAACCUCACUUUAUCAUGGUGACUUUAUCAAUCCUGCUCAUCGGGUAUGGGAGAGACUUGGAAGACUUGCCCCUACUCUGCCUCUGAUUGGCUAACCCUAAACCAGCACUAACCCUUAAGAUAACCAACCUAACCAACAAAGGCAACAAUUACUAGCCAAUCAGAUGUAGAGUAGGAUAGGCGCGCAGGCCCAGCAAGUCACUUUAGCCUCUGCCCAUCUGCUAUUCAAAGAUUAAACCAAAGGCUAAUAAUUAUUUGCCAAGAAAUAUUGACAUAUAGCACUUUAAAGUAGAAUGUAAUUGAUAUGAAUUCAUUUGGUAGCACUGCACUGUGGCUUUAUAUCAGUGUAUUAAUGUAUGGAAAAGUACAGUAAGAACAUGGUGCAGUUGAUACAUACUGGAUGAAAAUCAUCUUUGCGCUUCAUGCACUUAGAAGGGCUCAGCAAUACUGAAGUGCAACAUUCAACUGUCAAAAACAAUAAAAUGGAAACAUAACAAAUUAGUUGAUUUUCAAGAAAAUGAGGGACAUUUAUCAAACUGAACUCCAGUACUAUCUGACAACCCCCCUGCUAUGACAGUUAUGAGGCAUAAAAUAGUUUAGAUUAUCAUUCAUGUGCCUCUAUAUUUUGACUGAUGAUGUUUUCAUGGUUUACAACACCAGGUUUGAGCAGCUGUGCUCCUUACACCUGGUCCUCCACAUUAAUGAAAACAGGAAAAACCUGCCUCAUUCUGUUGUACUGACAGUUUUACAUCCCUCAGGGUGUCUCUCAGAGAAGGCACACUGGAACCAGAAUAAAAUUUCACUCAAGCUCAGGGGUUUCACACCAGAGCCUUUUGACUGUUUUCUUCUCUUCAGCCGGACUCCAUGUUCCUCUGUAGGCUGAGGACAUUCUGUAAACUCCUGGUUUUACGAAACCUCAAUGGAUAAUGUCAAAAGUGGUGUGUCCUCAAGUUAAUAGUGUUGGGCAAAUCAAGUCUUUUUGAUGAUUUCUUCAUUUUGAAUCUCAAUCUGAAUUGGCUAAUUUGGUGUUUUAGUUUUUCCUUUGGCUGAAUUAAUGGUCUCAACAUGUUUAGAUAAUGUCCUGUGUGCCUUACACAUUAACAAUCUUGUAGCAUCAUUGCAUUUCAAGUGGUGUCUCAUAAUAUCAUGCAAAACUAUUCUUUUUUUUUUUUAACUGGUUCCACUUCUCUAUUUGAUAUUUGAUUUGAUUUGCUGAAAGAAAACAACUUGCACAACACAAAAGAACACUUAACAGUAUUUGUAAUAUGUCUUGAGGAAAGUGUUAAGCUAAACUACACAAAUACAGUUUGUUUCAAGCUCAUGAAUUUCUCUGAAAUGAUUGGGUUGUGCUUUUGUGCCCAUUGCCAUCAUCUAAAAACAAGGCUGCUAUACCUUUUUCCUGACACCCGCAGUUCUCAUGCAUCGCAGUAUUACUUUUGGACUGACCUGAACACCUUUAAAACAAUGAUAGUACAAUGGGAAGUUAUACCUAAUGGUGUGAGGGAAAGCACAUGUUGAAUGGACUUGGGAAAGUGGACAAUGUAGGAAAAGUUUAAUUGCAUUGUGUUUUUAGAAUAACCUGAGACAUCUCAAGUGCCUUUGGACAUAUUCACGUCUAUGGUGAGGAAACAGCUGCCCUCUGUAAUCGCUUGUUCACAUUAUCUACUUUAUUACAAUGUAAAUGAAUAUGUAUUGAUUGUAUACAUUUCUGUUCUGUAUGUUUUCAUAAAAGAAAUGUUCACAGUGGUGAGUGGAUGUAAACAAGUACACUUCAAUAAACUUGAUUCUGUUAAGAAUUCA